CUCUUCUCUUGUGCAAGCCCAACAUAAAUUAUAUAUUGCGUCUCUCUCUUCUCUCUCUUUCUUUCAGUUUUCUUGGUACUUAUCAAAAGACUGUCAUGGAGAAGUUGAACGUGGUACAUGCAUUGAAGCCAGUUCUGCUAAUGGUGUUGGUGCAGGUUGCAAAUGCUUGGGUCAAUGUUCUCUACAAGCUCGCCCUUAACGAUGGCAUGAACUUGAGUAUCAUCGUUGCUUACCGCUAUGUUUUCGCCACUGCUUUCAUUGCUCCACUAGCUUUUCUUAUUGAAAGGAAGACGAGGACGAAGAUGACUUGGACGAUACUUUUUCAGGCAUUCGUAUGUGGCUUAAUUGGUGGAGCUUUGCCUCAAAACUUAAACAUGGAAGCAAUCGCUUUAACUUCAGUAACAUUCACUACUGCCAUAUCCAAUCUCAUCCCGGCCCUCACCUUCAUCAUAUCCCUUUCCUUCGGAUUGGAGAGAUUGAAUUUAAAAACAGCAGGAGGGAAGGCGAAGAUAAUUGGAACAAUAACUGGAAUUAGUGGAGCAAUGAUUCUAACUUUCUUGAAAGGCCCAGAAGUUCAGAUGCUUUCGUUCCACAUAAAUCUUUUCAACCAUCCAAACGGCAAUGUCGUACAUCCACACGCUACUUCUGGCGUUAUGACCAUAUUCGGUGCACUCGCGUCUGUCGCAAGCAACGUCUCUUAUGCACUAUGGCUUAUCAUUCAGGCAAAAAUGAGUGAAAGAUACCCUUGUCCUUAUUCAAGCACAGCGUUAAUGUCCCUAAUGGGGGCACUGUUAUCCGUUUCUUAUGCAUUUUGUGUUGAAAGAGAUUUGAGUGAGUGGAGAUUGGGCUGGAAUAUCAGACUGUUGACUGUAGCUUAUGCGGGUAUAGUGGUUUCUGGAGUGAUGGUGGCUGUGAUUUCGUGGUGUGUACGCGCGAGAGGUCCAUUGUUUGUCUCUAUUUUCAGCCCUCUUAUGCUUGUGGUUGUGGCCUUUGCUGGAUCCACUAUUUUGGACGAGAAGCUAUAUCUUGGGAGCAUAAUUGGAUCAGUGAUGAUUAUUUGCGGAUUAUACGUGGUUCUGUGGGGUAAAAGCAAAGAGAUGAAGAAGAAUCAAUCGGUUCCAUCAGAAAGCGCCCAUAAAUUAGACACAGUUGAAAUAAUGGUCAAACCUCGAGUAGAAGAAAAGAGCAACAAUAGCAAUAGCCUGGUGAAUGCUGUAAAUGCGGUUGGGGAAAAUGGAGAGAAGAAGUAAUAUCUCAGAAGAACUAAACAUCCCUUAAUCCAAGGCAUUUACUAUACAAGUAAUGUAGAUAGCUUGCCAUUCUUUUCUAAUUGCCUCCAACAUGCUAUGCCCAUUUUUUUUUUUUGUAGUGUUGGAGAAGGUGAGGCGUGGCUAAUUAUAAUUUCAUUUCUCUUGCUCCUUCAUUUUAUAUAUACAGAACUUAAAAAUGGCUCUGCUUA